AAUAUGGCUGCUGAGAUUAAGCCUGUGACUGCAUCUAAUAGUGAUAAAUUUAAUUCUACAACGAAACCGGAUCUUUUAUCCAAACUAGAAGGUUGUACUGAUGAUGUAAAUGCUGCUAUUAUAAUACCUGGCGAAGACGGCGUAAUCAGUGUUAGUGAUGAUCGGACUGUUCGAGUAUGGUUGAAGAGGGAUUCAGGCCAGUAUUGGCCCAGCAUCUGUCAUUAUAUGGCAUCUGGAGCUACUGCUUUGUUCUACUGUGUUGAAACUCGUCAGUUGUUCAUUGGUAUUGAAAAUGGCACAGUGUCGGAAUUUAUUCUGGCAACAGACUUCAACCGUAUGACACAUGUACGAGACUACAUUGCUCAUCAGGCCCGAGUGACCAGCAUUCAUUUUGCUCUGAACUGUGAAUGGAUGCUAAGUAUUGGGCGAGAUAAAAUGUUUCAGUAUCACUGCUCUGAGACCGGUCGUCACCUAGGAAGUUUUCAGAGUGAUGCGUGGUGUACUGCAUUGCAAUUUGAUUCACAGUCAAAGCAUGCAUUUAUUGGUGAUUAUUCUGGUCAGAUCACAAUGCUGAAGUUAGAGAAUACAGGAACUACACUGAUUACUACACUGAAAGGUCAUACAGGAAGUAUACGUACUAUGGCUUGGGACUCAGAAAAGCAACUUCUUUUUUCAGGCAGUUUUGAUCAGAGUGUUAUUGUGUGGGACAUAGGAGGUCAGCAAGGAACAGCAUAUGAACUUCAAGGACAUCAUAACAAAGUGACUGCUCUGUGCUAUGCAGCUCUGAAGCAGCAGCUCAUCUCAGGAGGAGAGGAUUCAGUCCUUGUAUUUUGGGACAUGAGAUUGGAAAGGAAGGAGACCCCAGAGUGGCAUGAGUCUGACUGCUGUCAACGAUGUAGACGCCCAUUCUUCUGGAACCUUCGUGCCAUGAUGGACCAACGCCAACUGGGCCUCAGGCAACAUCAUUGCCGCUACUGUGGACGCGCAGUGUGUGACCGUUGUAGUGCAGGUCGGGCUUCCAUUCCUGUGAUGGGUUUUGAGUUUGAUGUGCGUGUCUGUGAUCCGUGCUUCUCCGAACUCAAAGACAUGGAUCACACUUCAAUGGCUACAUUUCAUAAUGCAAAACACAGCGUUGUAUUUAUGGACCUUGAUGAACCCCGCAAACGACUGUUGACUGUUGGCCAGGAUCGACUGAUCAAAAUAUGGGAUGUUUCUGCACUUUUGCAAUAAUGUCCUUUGUAUUCCAUGGAAUAAUGUGAUGAGUGAAAGUAUGUUGGUUAAGAGGCUGCCAAAACUAAAUUGUGUAAUAUAAAAUAAAUGUAUAUAAAUGUGCUUGUACUGUACAUAUACUGUGUGUGUGCUGGAAUGACUGAACCCUUACUUAAGUCAGAAUUGACUACAGCAAAACCUUUAUUUUAUGUUUUUGCAAUGGAUUUCCAAAAGUAGGUAUGAAGUUGAAGCAAGUCUAAAAUAAAGGCACUUCUCAUUAUGACAUAUACUAGGGAUCCUAUACUAGUUUUGCAGUGUUCUAAAACUUUGUAUACAUUUUGUUGAAAUCUUACUUCUGUUCACAUAGGGUAUAGACUCUGGAACAUAAUUUUGCAUAAUUUGUAAGAUAUAGGAAGUGUAAAAUUUAUUAAAAUUGUAAAUUGUUUUUGUGAACUACUAGCCAGGACCAAAACAGAGUGUAUAACUGAGAAACAAAAAAUUGAAGUUUCACUGUACUAAUCACUAAUCAAAAGUAGGAGCAGUGUCCCAUGAUCCCAGCAUCAUAUAACAUAUCUAAGCCCCUUGACUAAAUGGCAGACAUUCCAGCGCGGAUGUUAUGAAUGUUUGAAAUAUGGCUGUGAUGUCACAGCAUUUGAUGGCAUAUCCUGUACCUUUUUAUGCUAUAUGUACAAGGUGCUAUUACUUGUGCACAUUUAGAUGUAAUCUUUCCUGGAUUCCAACCUAAUAUUGUAAUGUGAUUCAUACCUCCAGAGCAACGUAACAAAUUACUUGCUUAUAAGUUUUGUGUGGAAUUCAUUUUCAAGGAUGAUUCCUGUCAGUUAUGUCUGUCACUAAGUGUCAAGAUGAUUGUUGUGUGUUUACUUGCGGAAUUGUACAUAGUGAGAUGGAAGAUAAUAACAAAUUUAUAUUUUAUAUUUCUAUAAACUUUGAAAUUAUAUUUGGAAGUAAUUUUUAUAUUUACUGUAAGUGUUCUGUACUUAAUGUGUUGGAGAGAUACUGCUCAUUUCAGUCUUACAUCUCCACACACAAUUACAUCUACCUCAAAACAAAAUGACCAGCUUCAUUAUAAAUUUGAAGACCUUUGGAAUCUAACAGUAGUGUAUGAUCUAUAGUCACACCUUGUCUAAUCCGCUUUCUGUAUAAAAUUUACAAGAACAAUACAGUUUACAGAAUUACUGUUUUUCAAACUUAGUAUGUACAAGUAGGGUUUGAGAUUUUCAUGGCGGUGAAUCCGAAGAUUGCUGUCUACUGGACUGUAGUACCAUGUAGUCUAGUAAAAGUUGCUGCCUCCAUCACCAGGCUGAUCAAUGAUCUACCAGAUUACAUGGCGCUGCACCCCAGAAUCUAGCUAUCAUCUUAGUACAUGCAAAUUUUCAUGAUGAUUUUACUUUGUAAAAGAUAUUGCUGCAGACUUUUUUUGGUAUCAUGAGUCAUUCUGAUGGAUUAAGAUUUUGUCAUAUAGUGAGAUUGAAGAAUUGAAAAUUAUUGGAUUGCAUUAUUGCUGCAUUGGGACAAGUGAUGACAUUUUCUCUGCAGCUCUUGGUUUCUUAAUUAAAGAAAGAACAUAUUACUUUAAAUUAAUGUGGAACAUGACAAUUCAUCUGUAAAGUUAUAAUUGGCAUGGGAGUCAUAAUAUUCCUUUCACAUCCUUUGAAUUACUGUUUUUCCGGCAGUACUGGUACACAUGAAACUGUCUUGAACCAAUAUAACUGGUGCAGAAGGGAGAAGAGCACACAAAGUGCAGACUUUUACUGCAAUUCAUUGUCACUUACUGGACAAGAGUCACAUUACAUGCAGUUGGGUUGAGUUAGGUUAAAGAUUGCCAGAACUGGUGCUGUUGUACAAGAUAACAAGGGAAGAAAAUUCUUUAUUUGUAGCAGUGACUUGCUGCCAGUGAAAAAGAAAUACAAUAUUUAUCUGUAUCAAUUUU